AAGAAUUUAUUUAAAUUAUCUAUCUCUUUCAUUCUAAAGAAAUAUUACUCCGUUUGUAUCGUUUGUACAUGCUGUGAAUAAACUAGUUUGAAAUGUAACACAAAAGUUUUGUUGUUGACAAAAUGAAAACAAAUUUUAAAAUUGCAAACGUUAAACGGACGGUAGAUGAAAUACAAAUGUAAAUAGUGAAAUUAAUGUGAAAUAUUGCAUUAAAACACUUAAAAUAUCUCUACAUAAUGUCAACGAGAUCAGGCAAAAGAAUACACGCUUCCCUUCAUGAAAACAUCCUUAAAACCGAAGUGGAAGUAGCUCCGAAGAGUGAGAGGAAAACACGGAGUAAACACAUGAAAGAAAACAUCGAAGAUGCCAACACAAUUUUACAUAAGUUUAAGAAACGCGAGAACUAUGUCACCUAUCCCACUGACGAUGAACAGACUGGCGAUGGAGGCAUCAGCGAGAAUGAGGGCAAGCACACUCGCACGCUGCGGAAAAAUGCCUUGAAGGAACUGAACCCUACAAUUUCUUUAACAGAAACAUCUGACAUUGAUGCCCCUGUUAAAACUAGAUUGACGCGCAGAACACGAAAGUUCACAGAAAACGCUAGAGGAGGCACUGAAGACGAAGCUCCACACAAUUUUGAGGCCAUUGAGAAAAAUAAAAAAAGCAAAAGAAAAAAGGUUUCAUCUGAAGACAUCGAACCUCAAAAGCCAGCAAAGAAAAAAAAUAAAAAGAAGAAAGGAAAGAGAUCUAAUUCUUUUGUUGCUGAAAAUAUUACUGAAGAGAUUGUAGACAAUACUGAUGCUGUAAAUAAGAGCAAUAUAUCCAAUGAUUCCUUUCACAGUGCUGCAGGCAGCCCCACUCAUCCAAAUAUUGCUGUAGAAACAUCAACAAUAGAAAAUGUAAUACCAGUUAAAUCAAAUGAAGUUAUUCAGAAGAAAAAAUCUAAUAAGAGAAGUAAAAAAAAUGCCGGGUCAAAGCGUAAAUCCAGUGAACAAAACUUCAUUUCUGAAGAAAAAGAUAUUUCUGUAAAUAAAAAUGGUACUUUUGAAAUAGACCAACCAAGAAGAACAAGUAUUAAACAUGGAGUAGAUGUAACAGAUACUGUGACAAACAGAAUGUCUGUUGGAAAUAUUUCUCUUUCUAAAGAUGUUUCUCAAAAUAAAAAUGACACAUUUGACAUGGAACACAGAAAAUCUGGAAACAAAAGGAAUUCAAACAAAAAUGAUGAAUCUGAUUCUGAAAAUAAAUCAAGAAAAUCUCAUGCAAAUACAUCUCAUACCAAAGAUGUGGACAUAUCUCACAAUAAAAAUGAUACAUUUGACAUAGAGAAAAGAAAAAGUAAUGAUAAAAGAUCAAGUAUUAAAAAUACAACUAUUGAAAUUAAUGCAAUAAAUAUAUCUAAAGAUGAUGGUAAUUUAAAUGCUACUCAAAAUAAAAACAAUACUUUUGACAUUGAAAGUUCUGACAAAAAUGAAUCUCCAAAAGUAAUAAAUACAACAUAUGAGAAAAUGGCUGACACUAGUGGUUCAGCAUCCAAGUCAAAGAAGAGAAAAUUAACAAUGGACAUAGACAUUGACACAGACAUUUCAUCUCCUAUCCAAAGGACAGACAAAACUUCACUUAACAGCACAUACAACAAAGCAGACACUUCAGUGAAAGUAAACACAACUUUUGAGCUUAAUGAUUCACCAAAUAAUUCAAUAAAGAAACAAGUUAACACCACUUUUGAAAAGGAUGCAGAAUCACCAACACCCAAAUUGAGGAAGUCUACAAAAUCAAUAAAUUCUAGUAGAAGAUCCAGCAUUAUAAAUAAUCGCCUGACCGGGUCUUUAAAUGACACUUAUGUGGCAACUAAAGAUAAUACAGUGACACUAAAUGGCACAUUUAAUAAGUCUGACAAGAUAAAUACAACAUUUGACAAAGACCAAAAUUUAAACACAACAUUUGAUAAAGUUUCAAAAUCUUCCCUGAUCAGCUCAGAUUCAAAUGAUGAUGGAUCCCGUAUAAGCAUUACAAGUGAUGAAUCAAUCACAGAACCAAUGCCUGCACAGAAACCGUUGACUAUCAUGAAUAUCACACCAGUUCUUAUUGAUAGUAGCAUGGACUCCUUAAUCAGUGAGGACUCUAAAACUGAGGUGGCACCAUCCCCUCUCAAAAGGGAAGGGACGUUUUCCUUGUCAGAUGAAACUAAAUCUGAUACCAUACCAACUCCGUUAAAGAGAGAGGGGACAUUCACAAAAGAUGGACCUGAUGAUCCAGCUGUAAAUAAUGAGCCAUCUCCAGCUGUGACUCCGAAGAAGGAAGUAUCUUUGCCAUCUCCACGCUGCACGCCAUUCCCAACCAAAAGUUUUUCAAAAGAAAAGCCAUUGUUGAAUGUGACACGGUCUAUUGAAAAGAGGAGGUCUACGGAGCCAGGUCCCAGGAUCACCAGGGUGAUGUUCUGUAGUCCGGUGAACAAUCCCGUGGUGGUGGCUCAGCAGAAAAGGACAGUGAUCAAGUCCAACCUCAAGGGAUCUAAUAAGAGCUUUGUUUAUGAGGAGAGUGUAGACACGCCCCCCGCCCUGCCGCGUCGCAAGCGCUCGUACACACACAGCGAGGCGGACGAGGCGCAGCACAAGAGGAAACGCCUUGCCGAUGACCUGAGGCACUCUGUCGACAGACUGUCGCGGCCCAGAACCUCCAGUGCUAGUGCAAAGUUGACAGAGACUACGCCUUCCAAGAAGUCCACAACACCGUCCAAAGCGAAGGUGCCGCGCACGAAACUGCCAAACUUCGCGGCGCUGCACCAGAAGCAGUUCGACAAGAUGGAGUCGCUGGAUGAGUGCCAAGAGAGAAAGGCGAAACGAGCGAGGCAGCUUCUCACGCCAAUACCUGGUGUCAACCAGCCCGACAGGAGCCCUAAAGUUAAUACUGACUCACCUGUACAACCAAAGGAAGUUAUCAAAAAAGCAGAAAAUCUCUCCAAGUCUUUCAGUCAAGAGGCUUCGAAGCAGAAAUACACGCGUUUUGGGUUUAAACUGAAUACGGAUGUGAAUCCGUUUAGUAUACUGAGCAAGAAUCCGAUUAAACCGAAGGAGAAUCUUAACGGCUUGAGGAGGCAGCCGACUUUGCCGUCCCUGGCCGGAGCGACGUCGGUGAGGCGAGAAGUGGCCAAACAAACGGUGAUGAGGGAAAAAUCCUUCUCCGAUAAAAGGUUGCUCAAGAGGAACGAAAACAGAACAAUAAUAAAGGGCGUCAGGACCAACAGGAGGUUCGAAUUGCAAAUGAAGUUGAGGAACAUUGAAUAAGAUUUAUCAUAGGGUUGCUUUUACUGUAAAUUGAAGUUUAUCCGGUAAAAGAUACACGGGUCACUUUCGACCCGGUUUCCAAUUUUAAUUUAAUAUUUUGUAGACUUUUUACGAAUAUUUUUGUGUAUAGAUUUUAGAAGAUACAACUUAUUUGUAAGGGUCAUUUUUGACCCGUGUAUAACAGUUUAACAUUGUUCUAAGCUUCUAUGCUAACUAACAUGCCAGUAUAAUGUUCUAGUGCUAAGCACACGUGUAGAUGACAAUGAUUUAAAACAGUUUCUGACAUCACGAUAACCAUGCCAUAAGGUCAGUGACAUGUGACGCGAUGUCAUUUCUAUGACCGAGUCAGAGAUAACAUGUUAUGACAGUAUUACUCAGGGGGCACAGUUUGUAUGUUUUGUGCCAUUAUAUGUUAGUGAUCAUGUAUGCUAGAUUUUGCAAUAAAAUUAUGUUUGUUCUUGUA